ACAGUGAGACAGCUCUAGGAAAUACACCACAGAAUUAAACCUAUAUCAGACCAUAUCUGAUGAGAAUAGUUAUGCAGUCAAGUAUGAAAAUGCUGAUAAUAAUGAGUAUAUUAGUAAUGGUGUUUAUUUGGGGUGGUACAGCUACUAAUUUAUCUCCUGUACCCUGUGAUGAUAAAAGUGUGGAGAAACUGGCCAAGCUUGCGGUGGCUUAUAUCAACGAGGACAGACAAGAAGGAUACAAAUUUGCUCUGAACAGAAUUUUCAACGUCCAUGUUCAUCCUCAGGGUCCAGCUGGAAAGGUCUACUAUUUGGACCUGGACGUCCUGGAGACCAAGUGUCAUGUUCGUAGCCCAAAGCCCUGGAAGCGCUGUGAUAUAAGGCCCUUUAUGGAAACGCAAAUCGCUGGGAACUGCAACACUACUGUUCUGCACACACUUGAUGGCUUUUCUUACCUGUACAGUUAUGACUGUAUGCUUGUUCCAGACUCCCCUGAGAAGUUACAGCGUACAUGUCCAGACUGCCCCCUGUUGUUGCCUGUGGACAGUUACCGAGCUUUGUCCAGUGCUAAAAUGUCUCUGAGCAGCUACACCCGUCAGAGCACUUUACCUGUACAGCUCACUGUGGCAUCUAUAACCAGAGCCUCGCACCAGGUCUCCCCAGUUGACACAGUUUUUGUUGAGUACACAGUUAAGGAGUGCUCUGUGCCACCAGCUGAGGAGACUUCGUGUGUAUCAGCUGAUCCUGGAAAAGGGCCCGUCGGAUUCUGCGUCGGUACGGUUUCUGGAGCUGACACAUCCCAGGCAGACGUUAAGGUGUCCUGUGAAAUAUUCCACCCUCAGCAAACUGGAACCUCAGGUGGUACAGAUACUGGCAAACAGCGAGAGGAAAACCCGAGUACUCGACCGAAUGUGAUGCCUCCUCCAGUCCAUGUUGCUGAUGUUCCUGCUUCCAUAUCUAGAUACUCAAGUCCAAUGGUGAUGGUGCCGGACUAUGUUCAGAAAUUUCUCCCUUACACCCCUGGUCCAAACCAAUCAUCUAGUGAAUCCAGCGAGUCUUCUUCUUCUUCAUCGGAGGAGAUGCUCGAGUCUGUUCGCAUCGCCAGGCCUCCACUGGAUUUCCACUAUGCACAUCUGCGGGAGAAGAGAGAGGCAGUCGCAGCUACCAUCAGUCCCACUUUUCUAAAUGUGUUUCCCAAUGCCUCAUCACCCUUCCGCUCUUGCCCCGGCACAUCUCGCUACACCACCGUGUAGAAGUGCCUUCAUUUUUCAUGAUGCAUUUAUGAAAAUUCAUACAACCGUAGUUUCUAACGGAUUCUAAUAAAGUGACAUAAUUUGCAUUAUAAUUCCCUUAAUCAAAUGUGAGAUUAUAAUAAAGUUGGUUGUGUAUACAAUUACAUAUUUUAUCUAAACUAACAAUCAGUGCUUUAUUCAAUUCAAUUUUAAAUGAAAUAUUUUAUUAUUAUUUUAUAAAUCCUUGUCUGGAGCUUAAAAUAGCUUCUUUUUACCUGGUUUUAAUUUUAAAGUGCACCAAGAGUGCCAAGAGCAGUCAAGCUGUGUUUUACAGGACCACUGUUUAUUCACGAGGCACAUUUUACAGACACCUAGAUACUACUAGUAUAGUCUACAGUGCUACCAAGAGGUAAAUAAAACGACAUGAUUACCUUAAAGCUCAAAUUUUAGUUAAAAGUUUUAAGUAUUUUUAUUAGCUGAUUUACAUCAUUAUUUUAUGUGAAAAAAGGCAUUUGUAGCCUAGCAGUUAAGGAACUUAAUUAGUAACCAUAAGGUUGCUGGUUCAAGCCCCACCACUGCCAGGUUGCUUUGGAUAAAAUCGUCCGUGAAAUGCUGAAAAUUUAAAUGUAUAUAAAGACAGACCGUUUGUUAGUAGGGCAGUUGUAGCCUAGCGGUUAAGGUACUGGACUAGUAAGUAAAAGGUCCCUGGUUCAUGCCCCACUAUUGCCAGGUUGUCACUGUUGGGCCCUUGAGCAAGGCCCUUAACCCUCAAUUGCUUAGACUGUAUGUAUACUGUCACAGUAAUGUUAGUCGCUUUGGAUAAAAGCAUCUGCUAAAUGCCAAAAAAAUAAAUGAAAAUGGUAAAUAUUUCCCGAAAAAACUAACAAAAAAAACCAAACAAAUAAAACAUCAAAAAAGACAAAAAUAAAAAACUUUUUUUUAUUUUUUUAACUUGGCUUUUCAAAAUACCUGAAUCACAAUUCUCAACACCUGUCACAUUUUCUUCUGUAUAAUAUCAAAAGUGAAGGUGCAUUUAUCUUUCUAAAAUGACUAUUCCUAAAAUAAAGAAAUGAGCAUGCUAAAUGUUUAAUGUUACUAAAGCUUUGAUUCAGUAUAUGUCAUGGGAUGCACACGGUAAUGCUUGUUUUCUAAAAUCAUUUAAAAAAAUAACAAUUACCAUUUUAAAUAUUUGUUGAUGCUAAUAGUAUGAUGCUAAUACUAAAUUUUAAAUAAACAGAUUUACAUUUAUCCAACAUCAGAAUACUGUUUAUUAUUUUCUUUAUGUCCAUUAAAUAUUAACCAAAAUGCCACACAAAUCAUUUAAAUUGAAUCUGAAAUGAGACUCCUGUGUAGCUAAAUGUGUUUUGGAGUGUGUCCAUGGGAAUUUGAAUGCAAAAGCAUGGCUCACAAUCAUCAGCGUUUCAGUUCAUGCCAAAGAUGUUUAGUUGUGUUGAGGUCAGUGGUGUCCAGGUCACUGGCAUCUCUCCAAACCAAACUUGUCGAACCAUGUUUAUGGACUUUGAUUUGUGCACAGGACACAGAUGUGCUUGAACAGAAAAGGGCCUGCAGGAAACUGCCACAAGGUCUGAAGCACCAAAACUCAAAAAUGAGGUGAUUUAUAAACAUGAUUCUGGACGUAAAGUGUAUUUGGUAUCAAACACCUAAUGUAAUGACAUAAGCUGCUCUUCUGAAAGUAUUUGUACAAUUUUGAGCAAAAACUUAAAUUUUUUUCAUUAAUAAAAUGCAUAUGAAACAGUGA